AUGGCCAGGGUCCUGGACACCUCGUGGCCCAGCCCCAGCCACGGCGCCUCCUUCCAGGAUGUCAGCCCUCGAGGGUACAAGGAAAUGCUAGAACUAGUGAUCCCACCCAGCCUCACUGUCAGCAGCCACCGCCAGCAACUCCUGAGCCUCAGCCGCGUCGGCAACGCCCUGGGGGCCCUGAGUGACGGAGAAGGUGUCACCACACCGGCCUCUGCGAGCGUGUCCCAGCUCUUAGCCAGGCCUUGCUCCCGUGGCCUGCCCAGCCAGCCUCCCACCGCCAUGGCGGCCUACGGCCAGACGCAGUACGGCGGGGGGAUCCAGCAGGCYGUCCCCUACACGGCCUACCCGCCUCCGGCACAAGCCUACGGAAUCCCUUCCUACAGCAUCAAGACGGAGGACAACCUGAACCACUCCCCCAGCCAGAGCGGGUUCCUCGGCUACGGCUCCAGCUUCAGCACCGCGGCCCCUGGACAGAGCCCCUACCCCUACCAGAUGCACGGUACGGCCGGCCUCUACCAAGGAACAAACGGACUGACCAACGCAGCGGGAUUCGGGGUGCACCAGGACUAUCCUUCCUACCCCAGCUUCCCCCAGAGCCAGUACCCCCAGUAUUACAGCUCGUCCUACAGCGCUCCCUACGUCCCGGCCGGCAGCCUCUGCCCUUCGCCCCUGUCCACGUCCGCCUACGUCCUCCAGGACGCACCGCACAGCGUCCCCAACCAGAGUUCUGAGUCCCUGGCCGGUGAAUACAACACGCACAAUGGACCCUCCACGCCGGCAAAAGAGGGGGACACAGACAGGCCACACCGGGCCUCCGAGGGGAAGCUCCGGGGACGGUCGAAGCGGAGCAGUGACCCCUCCCCGACAGGGGACAAUGAGAUUGAGCGCGUGUUCGUGUGGGACCUGGAUGAGACCAUAAUUAUUUUCCACUCCUUACUCACGGGGACCUUCGCCUCCAGAUACGGGAAGGACACCACGACGUCCGUGCGCAUCGGCCUGAUGAUGGAGGAGAUGAUCUUCAACCUGGCGGACACACACCUCUUCUUCAAUGACCUGGAGGAUUGUGACCAGAUCCACGUUGAUGACGUCUCAUCGGAUGACAACGGGCAAGAUUUAAGCACCUACAACUUCUCCACCGACGGCUUCCACAGCGCAGCCCCGGGGGCCGGCCUGUGCCUGGGCACCGGGGUGCACGGCGGCGUGGACUGGAUGAGGAAGCUGGCCUUCCGCUACCGGCGGGUGAAGGAGAUGUACAACACCUACCGGGACAACGUGGGCGGCUUGAUAGGGGCUCCCAAAAGAGAGACCUGGCUACAGCUCCGAGCGGAGCUGGAGGCGCUGACAGACCUCUGGCUCACGCACUCCCUGAAGGCGCUAAACCUCAUCAACUCCCGGCCCAACUGUGUCAACGUGCUGGUCACCACCACCCAACUGAUCCCUGCCCUGGCCAAAGUGCUGCUGUACGGACUGGGCUCCGUGUUUCCCAUCGAGAACAUCUACAGUGCCACCAAGACAGGGAAGGAGAGCUGCUUCUAGCGGAUAAUGCAGAGGUUC